AUGCGCAUCUUCAGAAACCCCCCAUCGGGCCUCGACGCAAUCCUCAACCGGCCCCCCGAAAUAUCUUGGGACCGCCUCCUCGCCUCCCCCAUCACCACCAUCGCACGCUACCUCUCCACCUUCUUCCCCGUCUCCUUCCCGAUCGUUCCCCGCGCAGACGACGCCGUGACGGUGGUCUGCAUCUCCGACACGCACAACACGCGGCCGCGCCUGCCGCCGGGCGACAUCCUCGUCCACGCGGGCGACCUCACCGUCUCGGGGACGCGGGCCGAGCUAAAGGAGACGGUGGACUGGAUCAAGGCGCAGGAGCAUCGGUUCAAGGUCGUGGUGGCGGGGAACCAUGACCUCUGUCUUGACGAGAGAUUGAGGGAAGGAGAAGAGGAGGGUGGGGUGGAUUGGGGAGAUGUGGUGUACCUCGACUGCGCGUCCGCCACGCUCAAAGUGCCGGUAGGCGGCGCCGGGGGCAAGACGAGAAGUAUAAAAGUGUACGGCAGCCCGUACACGCCGCAGCACGGGAGCUGGGCGUUCCAGUAUCCCCGGUCCGGGCCGCUGGAUCCAUGGGCGGGGAGGGUUCCCGCGGGGACGGAUGUGUUGGUCACGCAUGCGCCGCCGAAGGGGCACAUGGACGAUCCGAGGGGGAACUGGGGGUGCGAGAUGCUGUUGAGGGAGUUGUGGAGGGUGAGGCCCAGGUUGCAUGUCUUUGGGCACGUUCAUUGCGGGCAUGGGGUUGAGGCUGUUGGAUUCGAUGAGGUUCAGGGGGCGUGGGAGGAUGUUGUGUUGAACGUUUCAAAGGGUGGAAGGGGAUUCGGGGCGUUUGCGAGGAUGGUGAGGGCGUGUAUUGGCGUUUGGUGGAGGGGUGGUAGGAGGGGGAGAGGGGAGACGGUGCUGGUGAAUGCGGCUGUUGUGGGUGGGCUUGGGGAUAGGUUGGUUCGGGAGGCUGCUGUUGUGAGGAUAUAG